GGAAAAAAAAAAAAAAGCAUGAAGAGCAAAACCUUCUCUUUUCCCUUCAUAUCUCUUCUCCUCCUCCUGUUUGUAGUUCUUUCUGCUGCAAAGAGUUAUGACUUCUUUUACUUUGUUCAACAGUGGCCGGGAUCAUACUGUGAUACAAGACGGGGUUGUUGUUAUCCGACGACGGGGAAGCCGGAGGCAAACUUCACCAUCCACGGCCUCUGGCCAAAUUAUGACAAUGGCAAAUAUCCUCAUGAUUGUGAUUAUGAAAAUCUGUAUGAUGCAACCAAGAUAGAAGAUCUGUUACCGGAGAUGCAAACCAAGUGGCCAACACUUGCAUGUCCGAGCGCGGACGGGAACAAGUUCUGGGCGCAUGAGUGGAACAAGCAUGGCACCUGCUCCGAGUCCAUACUCAAUCAAUACUCAUACUUCCAGGCUGGACUUGAUCUCCAGACCAAAGCUAACAUUCUUAGCAUCCUCGAGGACGCCGACAUUAGGCCCGAUGGAGCAUUAUACAGCACCGAGCACAUCACUGAAGUGAUUAAGGAGGCGCUCGGAGUGCUCCCCAGCAUUGAAUGUAACAGGGAUGAGUCUCGCAAUCCCCAGCUCUUCCAGAUCUACCUGUGUGUUGAUAAAUUAGGCAAGGAUUUCAUUGAUUGUCCCUUUUAUCCAAAGCGCAAGUGUAGUCCUGAGAUUGAAUUCCCUGCUUUUUAAUUAGCUAGUGUGUAAGUGCAGCCUUUCUGGGCUCACUCUUUUGAAUUAUCUUAAUAAUUAAUGAAUUAAUGCAUGAAGACUUAUAUUUUCA